GCUUUUACACUUCCGAAAAAAAUAAACCAUUUAAACGUUUGAUGAGUCGAAACGUAUCGUAGUGAUCCGGAUAAAUCCGGUUUUUGAAACAGUUAAGGGCUGGCGAACCGAACACCGUGUACCGAGUCCAUUCAUCCGUUCAUUCAUUCAUUCAUCCCAAAGUAACCGGAUGACGUAGUUGCCCCCAUCAGCAGGGUACUCUUUCUAUUUUCUACCUAGCCCCGCCCCCUCGUACCUGACGUCACCGCUGCUCGUUAACGCGCUCUCGCGUUCACGCGCGCACCUGCAGCUUGUUCAUGACUCAAGCCAGCAGAUCCUCCUCCUUCUCCUCGUUCUCCUCCUCCUGCUUCUUCUCCUCAUUCUUCUUCUUCUUCUCGUUCUCCGUCUGUGUCGUGUUUCUCCGGGAAUGAGAAGGAGCGAUGGCGGGCUGUGGCAGCGAGGAGAAAGCUUACCGCCGCUUCCUGGAGCUUUUCCUGCGGGAGAUGCGACCGCCGCUGCGCGAGGACUCACCUGUGCCCGCGCGCCCUUUGUCGGACUCGGUGGUGGAGGACGAAGUGGAAGGGGAAUGUCUCGACCUGUGUCUGCAGCACCUGUGCAAAUAUAACUGCCCGUUCCCGCUGGCGGCAGGUUUGGCCCGUGGUACGGCUGACAGCGUUCUACAGAGCGAUCUCUCCAGCUGUCACCUCACCAAGACCACCGAGGACGGCACAGAGACCGAAACCAUUCCUCAGAUCGAGGCGGUGAAAUUGGCUCGUCUGGUCUUUAAUAAGCUGUGUGAGACGUGCUGCGUGUGGCUGAAGGUUUUCCCGCCGCGACGCCGCUCACAGGCCUACUACGAGACCUCCAUCCACGCCAUCAAAAACAUGCGGCGCAAGAUGGAAGACCGGCACGUCAUCAUCCCCGACUUUAACACGCUCUUCAACCUGCAGGAUCAGGAGGAGCAGGCGUACUUCGCCGUGUUCGAUGGUCACGGUGGCAUCGACGCUGCAACCUACGCCGCAAAUCACCUCCAUGUCAACCUGGUGAAGCAGGAGAUGUUCAGCCAGGACCCCGCAGAAGCUCUGUGCCGAGCCUUCAAACGCACCGACGAGCGCUUCGUACAGAAAGCGUCACGAGAGAACCUGCGCUGUGGCACCACUGGGGUCGUGACCUUCCUGCGAGGCCGAACUCUGUACGUUGCCUGGCUUGGAGACUCACAGGUUAUGCUGGUGAAAAAAGGACAAGCAGUGGAGCUGAUGAAGCCCCACAAACCAGACCGAGAGGAUGAGAAGCGGAGGAUCGAGGCGCUGGGUGGGUGUGUGAUUUGGUUCGGGACGUGGCGAGUGAACGGCAGCUUGUCGGUGUCGAGAGCCAUCGGAGACUCGGAGCACAAGCCGUACAUCUGCGGCGACGCUGAUCACGCGUUGUUUCCUCUGGAUGGCACUGAGGAUUACCUGAUCCUGGCGUGUGAUGGUUUUUACGACACGGUGUGCCCAGAGGAGGCGGUGCGUGUCGUCUCCGAUCACCUGCAAGAGAAUAACGGAGACACGGCCAUGGUGGCGCACAAACUGGUGGCCUCGGCGCGCGACGCCGGCUCCAGCGACAACAUCACCGUCAUUGUGGUGUUCCUCAGGGACCCGCGAGCUCCACCCCCAUCCGACGAGCAGCAGGAAGAAGAAGAGGUGGACCCUGACGAGGAAGUGGAAGAAGAAGAGGAAGAGGAGGAGGAGGCGAUGCAGGGCGAGUUGGUGUGUCAGGAUGGCGGAGGGGAGAACGGAGGAAAAGCGCGCAGCGGCUGGCCUCUACAGCAGUGCUCAGCUCCCGCUGAUCUGGCCUACGAAGAGCGCACCGACUCCUUCACGGACAGGACGAGCCUGAGCACCACAGGGCCCGAUCUCACGCUCACGGCUGGCGGCUGCUUCUGUCCCACUCCCAGUACGUCAGACCUGGGCCUAAGGGGAGGAGGAGGAGGGCGUCGGCUGUGUCCCAAACCUCAGGUCCCAUCCUGCAGUGGACGCUGGGUGGAAGCGGCAGCUCUGUUCCCUCAGCAGGGACGAAGAAAGAGGAAGAUGGACGAAGAGCUGGAGCGCAGGAUGGAGGAAAAGUGGCGCAUCCGAAAGAGGGCCGAGUGCCGCGGUAUCCUGAGCUCCAAGCCUCGAGUACCUGAGCCACUGCGCCACGCCGAGACCCGCCCCGGAGUCGCCCUUCCACGCUUAACACGCGAAUACGCCAUCUAAACCCCUCACCUCACAUAACCCCUUUAUCACUCUCUCACACACACACACCACGUUCACAUUAAUGCCUAAUACACACAUUUUACACACACGCUACACCUUUCCCCUGACCUGGAGUUAGCCCGACUGAGCCAAGACAUAGAUCUCUCUCUCUCUCUCUCUCUCACACACACACACACACACACACACACACACACACACACACACACACACACACACACACACACACACAGACCUGAGGGAGAAAUUAGUUAGACCAGAGGAUGUAGAGUAUUCUUCACCAGGACCGAACUGUCUGCCAUUUUAUUAUUUAUUGCUGCGUCUGACUCUCAUUUACAGAAUCCGCCAUGAUUCUGACGUUUCAGCCGAUUUCUCUUCAGACCCGGCGUCAUUUCUGCCGUUUACGCCAGGUUCAUAAAGGACGUUCAUCAAACACCAUGUAAUUAAAAGUUCUGUUUAAAACCUAAUACUGCACUACACAAACCGGUCAGCGUACACACUCUUAGAAAAGGGUUCCUCAGACGUUCGUCUGAAGGUUCCGCGUUCUUUACUUUCUCCGCUGUGUUCUGCAAAGGCUCUGUACGGGUCCGCAGCGUUUUCGAACCUUUACACCUCUUCAUUUCGUUUGGAUCUGAGAUUAAAGCCUUUUGACUGAGAAUAAGGACAUGACCGUACACCAGUUUGAUUAGAUAUCAAAUAAAUGGACUGAAACGUAGUUUAUAAGGAAAUAAUGGCGACGAACACGGAAUUAAAUGAAACGGUGGUUUAUGACUUUCAGUAACCGAUGGAGGUUCUUCUUAAACUUCCUACAGACUGAACUAUUUGCCGUCGUUUGGCCCAAACCUGAUCCAUCAGGACGUAACAUGAUGGAAACAUCAGAUUUUUGUCUAAAAUAUACCCGCCAUUUUAUUUUUGUUCAGCUGAGCAAUUAUCGCCGGAUGGUUCUUUACAGAAAUGUCGGUAGAGAUGCAGUAUCAAACACUCAGUGUGUUUAUAAUGACAUCGAGACCAAAGAAAGGCUGUAUAGCCGAGUGUGAGUGCGAGUGUGUGUGUGUGAGAGAGACUGCCUUGUACAGAGUGGCAUCUUGUUAGUCAGAGUUGUUUGGCUAAAGGGGCGUGGCUUAAAACUGGAAGGCAGAGUCUGUAUGCUAGAAGGCAUCAUAAAGUUUCAUUUCAUUUUAAUACAGACUUUAUGAAACUGUAUAGAAAUAAUGUUAUGGAGACACGAUGUGAGGAUUUAAACGUGUUGAUAUGCACAAACACACACACACGUCUCAGAGGCGUAACAGGACGUUGUGGACAUUUUAUCAACAGCCAAACUGAUUCCAUAACAAUUUAAAGGUUGAGAUAUUUAGUGGACUUUUAGUGGAAAAUAUGCUACUAGAACUUCCUCCACACACACACACACACACACACACACAAAUCCACUCACUCUGACAGCCCAAGACAUUACCCAUGAUUCCAAGAGGUCAUCCAUUAUCAUGCUGCAAAAAGCCAGUGUUUCCUUCUGACAAGACAAGAGGAAGCCUCUGUGAAACCUUCUGCACUCGCAUCAUCAUCAUCAUCUUCUUCUUCUUCUUCAGCCAUGCCGCUGAGCUCAAACCUGAUCCCCAGUUCCUCCAGGAGCUGGUAACGAAGCAACACCGAGGAAGAACGUCCACGGAUCCUCCUCAGAUCUACACACACACACCAUUUGUUUUUGCUCAGACUCUGGAAUGUAUUCACACUGAAAACAUUCGUCACUUUUAGGUUUUUAUUUCGUUGAAAGUCUCCUGAGCCUGAGCGACAUGACGUCCUCGCCUGCGCGUCACGGCGUCUCUACCUGGAUGGGGCGACGCCUUGAAGUGAAAAGCGGCGCUCUGAGGUUCUGCGUCUCGUCCUGAAGUGCACAUGAAGUGCGCAAGUGUUCAUUCUCUUUCCCUCCUUCCCUGAUUUACCUCUCAAGGGGCACAAAUAUAUUUAACAGAAUUGUAGUAAAAUAACAUGUAUAUAUGUAUUUUUGUGGGCGUGGCUAUGUGUGUGCGUGUGUAUGAAUGACUCUGUCCGUCUUAUUAGUGCGAUAGUUAGGUCUCGGACACACACUCUGACCUGUGUAACUCUCCAGCCAUGAUGUCCCUCUACGUCUAACCCUAAAGAAAACUACUUGAAAUUAUCCGAAAAGGAGGACGUGCCAUGAACGAACACACACACAUACCCCGGAAAGAAGUGUCUGAAGGCUUCCUCCUCCAUGUUCAGGGAUCCUGAGCCUCGGCACUUCUUAGUGACGGCGCGCUCCUGCUCGUCUCACCCCUCACUUCCUGUCUCUCUCACUGUGUUUUGCCUCGUCUGUGAUCUUCACCUCUGCUUUUACUUCCUGUAAGCAAUAAUGAACGUACUGAAGCCAUGAGACUCUCGGAGCUGCAGAGCAAAGAUUCUCCCACGAGUUCACGACGCUCAUCACUGGAUUCCGUUAAAGGAGCAGUCUGGACUAAACCGAAACGUCCACGGCGUCUGUCGUCACUCUUAAAGCCGAGACGUGUUCGCUGUGUGUAAAGAAGUCUGCUUUUUUAGCUACGAAGAGGAAGGAGCUAGGAAGUCAUGAAGGUUGCGUGAAAUCUCUAGCUGUGUGGCUCGACAACGGAGCUCGUGCUGCAGCGAUGAAUCUGAAUAAUCAAUACUACUCAUCGGUGUGGACUUUAUGUCUAACAAGUCGUUUAUGUAAACAACAGCAGGAAGCCCAGAGCGCGUUGGCCUCUAUUGGUGUGUAGAAUGUAAUACCGUAGUGUAGCUGUAGGGGGCAGCAGCACUGCAGCUACUAUUACACCACAUGAACGCUUCAGGUUUCAGUCCGAAACCCAAGCGAAAGCAGAAAAACAGUUCAUAUCAAUCUCAUGUGAGCUUUAACACAAACGCUCUAUUCUUUAAAAGUGAGACCGAUUGUAAAAAAGAACUCGAGAGAAGAGUGUAAACCCUGAUCUCACAAAACUAAAAUAACGUAAACUCCUGUAACAGGAAUAAUAAUUAGAUUAGAUAUGCUCUAGAGGAGAACGUCAGCAGUGCAACAAGUCGUCCCUUGUGUUUUACAUUCUACUACUGACCAAAUCAAGCAAGUGAUAUGUUAUAGCUGUUCUCUUUUACAAGCGGUUUUUAUUUAUAGAUUUAAGCUGAUUAAUCGAUUACUUCUCAUGAAUAUUCGACUAGUCAAAAUCUUUGGGGUUUUUUUUGCAGCUUUAUCCUCUAACUGGAAUGUUAUUUAAGAGGGCUGCCAUCUUGGACGACCAAAAUCAUUCAUUGCCUCAGUGCGGUCCGGUAUAACCCCGCCCCUCGGAGAGUUAACUGUAAAAAAACAAAAAAAACCAAGAUGAUGAAGUUCCAUGUUUAACUUGAAUGUGUAAACACAAUAUACAGGAUUUAUCGGUGAAGAUUUUGGAUGACAGACGUCCUGUUAGCAACAGUCGCCUCAAAAAAGCUAAAAAAAAAAAAAAAGCAAACUUCACACAGCGAGCUCGUCUCCACAGAUUUGGAGUUUUGUUGUUUUGGGGUUUUUUUUUUGCCGAACUGCACCUUUAAAUCUGUGUAAGACUGAAAUGUUUGAUCAGGACCCUGAGCAAACGGACGACGUGAGACGACGUCUAGACCUUUAGACGUCCUGCUGUCUGCAUGAGAAAGCGUGACCUGUGGAAGGUGUUCAGUUGUUUAAGUAAAACUGACUCUAUUAGAGACUCGUUAAAGACGUUAGCCUUUAAAACACACACACACCCACACACACACCCUCACGGUCAUCAUCACACGUCUAGGAGCGUUCUGUUUUCCGUUUCCUGCUCGGUUACUGGAUGACGAACACGAUGAGUUAUGCCUUCUCUUCUGUCCUGGUGAAGAAACGCCAUCAGUUUGGCGUCUAAUCUGUGUCUAAUCAGCGCCACAUCGGCACCGUCUCCUCCAGAAACCUCAGUAACCUGCAGACCCGAGACUCCCCGUCCCUCAUCCCUCAAAUUUAGCUCACAGUAAAUAGUGAAACUGUGUGUGCGUGUGUGCGUGUGUGUGUGCGUGCGUGCGUGCGUGCGUGUGUGUUCUGUGCUAAUGUAGUAUUUAUUAUAAAUAUGUAUAUCUGGUGACUAUCAUGUAUAAAGAGUGUAAGAAGUG